AUGGGCAAUUAUGGAUUGAGUGCCGAAGAUGGCAGGGCCAUUGUCAUUGUGAUGGUGGUCUCAGGCUUUUUGGCCAUCUUGUCCACUAUUCUACGGCUUGUUUCGAGGCGGAUGAGAGGUGUUAACCUGGGAUGGGAUGAUAUUCUCAUGAUACUAGCGACUUGCUUCGUGAUUGUGUCGACUGUGAUCGUGAUAUUGACCGUCACAGAAGGAGGAGUUGGACGACACGCAAAAUACAUCGCCCCAACAGAUCAAGAAUUCGUAUUGAAGAUGAUUAUACCUUGCCAAGCACUAUACGGCGUUGGUCUCGCCAUUGUCAAAACCUCGAUCAUGAUCCUAUACUACAAGCUCUUCGGCACGAAGAAGAGUAUGCGAAUUGCGAUCUACUCAACCGGCGCGAUCGUCUGGGCUUGGGCCUUCAGUAUUGUUAUUGAGUCACUUCUCCUCUGCCAGCCUGUUGCUUUCAAUUGGAACCAGACAAUACCCGGUGGGAAGUGCGGAAAUCGAAAUGCGGCUUUCGUUGUAGCCGGUGUGCUAAACAUGGUCACCGACUUCAUGGUAAUGUCGCUACCAAUUCCGUACAUCUUGAAGCUGCAGCUACCGAUUGGUAGGAAAAUUGGUUUGCUCGUGACUUUUUUGCUUGGACUCUUUGUCAGUGCAAUUAGUAUGGUCCGCGUUGUGAGCUUGAUGCGCAUUGACUUCGCAGAUGUCACAUACUCCCUCCCUCUCCCGCUGAUGUGGAGUAUCGUCGAGGAACAACUCGCUAUCGUCGCGAGUAACUUGCCUCUCCUCCGCCGUGUGUUCUCUGCCGCGAUCCCUGGGAGCUGGAUUGGAUCAUCGAAUUACGGGUCAGGCUGGUCAAAUAGACAGACACUUGGUCGAAAGAGCUUUUCUAAUCACUUUGCCAUGACUCGAAUGGAUUUGGGUGUUAAUAACAGCGAGGUCACCUCGGGGCAUACAAAACAUAGCUCGAGUGUCAAGGGGACUAGAUGGAGCGAUGAUGGUGAUGGGCGGUCAGAUACCGAUUUAGCGUCUAAUGGGGCUCCUCCGGGUGGUAUUCAUAUUCAUAUGUCAAAGGACUUCAGAGUUGUGUCUGAAAAGUAG